AUGGGAAGCCUUCCGUUCACUACUUCUGAUCUUCAAAUAAGUGGUAGUGAAGUUCGAAGCAGUCCUACACUGCUGUGUGUACCACUAAUGGGAACCACAGUCGAGCAAAUGUUGAUCCAAAUGAGAAAUGCUAAGGAAAUCGGUGCUGAUGUUGUCGAAAUUCGGCUUGAUUGUCUGACAAACUUCAAUCCUCACCCAGAUCUUGAAAUCCUUAUUAAACGGUCUCCUUUGCCCACUUUGGUCACUUAUAGACCAAUUUGGGAAGGUGGUCAGUAUGAGGCUGAUGAAACUGAGCGACCGGAUGUCCUUCUUUUGGCAAUGCAAUUAGGAGCUAGCUAUAUUGAUGUUGAGCUUGAGAUUGCUCAUGACUUCAACAAUUCCAUAUGUGGAAAGAAGCCUGAUAACUUCAAGGUCAUUGUUUCAUCUCACAAUUAUCACCAUACUCCAUCUGCUGAGGCCAUUGCCAAUCUUGUUGCAAGAAUGCAAGCCACUGGAGCUGACAUAGUCAAGAUUGCUACUACUGCGUUAGACAUUACAGAUUGCGCACGCAUAUUUCAGAUUAUGGUGCAUUCUCAAGUACCAAUAAUAGGGACUGUGAUGGGAGAAAGGGGUUUGAUUUCAUGGAUACUUAGCCCCAAGUUUGGCGGAUACCUCACUUACGGAGCACUUGAAGCAGGUGCUAUAUCAGCUCCUGGACAACCAACUGCAAAGGAUUUGUUAGACUUGUAUAACUUCAGAUUUAUAAGACCUGACACCAAAGUGUAUGGCAUUAUUGGGAAACCUGUUGGUCACAGCAAGAGUCCUCUUCUGUUCAAUGCAUCAUUCAAGUCGGUUGGUCUUAAUGCAGUUUACUUGCAUUUUCUGGUGGAUGAUGUGGAAAAGUUCUUCAAUACCUAUUCAUCUAUAGAUCUUGCUUCCGGAUGCAGCUGUACCAUUCCCCAUAAGGAGGUUGCACUUAAAUGCAUGGAUGAAAUUAAUCCCAUUGCCAAGAAAAUUGGAGCCAUCAAUAAUAUCGUCAGGAGGCCAGAUGGGACAUUAAUAGCUUUCAACACUGACUAUAUCGGUGCCAUCUCUGCAAUCGAGGAUGGACUAAGAGAAUUAAAUGGAGCAAUUCCAGCAGGUGCAUCACCCUUGUCUGGUAAAUUGUUUGUGGUUCUUGGUGCUGGUGGUGCCGGGAAGUCACUUGCCUAUGGUGCUGCACAAAUGGGAGCCAGAGUUGUGGUUGCCAACCGAACUUUUGAACGAGCUAAAGAAUUGGCUGAAAAGGUCGGUGGACAAGCAAUGACACUUGCUGAAGCAGAACACUUCCACCCAGAAGAUGGAAUGGUUCUUGCAAAUACCACAUCUGUCGGAAUGAAACCUGACACUGGUGAAACUCCGCUAGCAAAGCAUGCUUUGAAACACUAUUGCCUUGUCUUUGAUGCCAUCUACACGCCAAAAGACACAAGACUCUUGCAGGAAGCAAAAGAAUCUGGAGCCAUCAUUGUCUAUGGAACAGAAAUGUUGAUCCGCCAAGGCUUUGAACAAUACAAGAACUUCACUGGCUUGCCGGCACCAGAACAAAUGUUCAGACAACUCAUGGAGAAACAUGCCUAA